AUGGGACCCUACGAUCUGCUUAUUUCGGAAGCUUUGCUGUUGUCAGCUCACGCACAGAGCGUCUUUGCCUAUGACAAUUCACGUUACGAUAACGAUGAUGCUAUUGAUGUCAUUCCGGUGGCCUUUGUCAAUACGUCUUUCGGACCUGGGGGCCUUCCAUCUAUGAAUCUGGCCAAUACGUGCAAUCCUACCCAGAAUACUACUUUCUCUGGCUCCUCUCGGCCUGACUGCUCCGCGUUGGCGUCCGACAUUGAAUAUUGCCAGUCAAAGGGGAAGAUCGUGACUCUGAGUUUGGGAGAUGACAGUCAAGCUGUGAGCUUCGCAGACACUAUAUUUAAUUUUUUCCUCGGUGGCAGUAGCUUUACCCGACCCUUUGGUAGUGCUGUGCUUGGCGGGGUCGAAUUAUACAUCGAGGGCACGAGCUCUUCGGGUUAUGCAGCGUUCGUAAACGAAAUAGGCUCACAUGCUGUCGGCGCCAGUAAACAAUACUAUAUCUCGGCAUCCCCAGGAUGCGAGUAUCCUGACGCAUCAUUGGGUGCGAUUCUGAACGCUGCUAGCUUUGAUGCUGUCUAUGUGCAAUUUUAUAUUCCGUGUGGUCUUCAGAAUUUCGAUACUACCUCAGACUGGGAUUUUGGACUCUGGGACUACUGGGCAAGGAACGUCAGUCCCAAUCCAGAUGUCAAGAUUUACAUCGGUGCUCCAGCAUCGAGCACAGCGGUAGGAGGAGGAGGAUACCAGAAUCUCAACACCCUCAGCAACUAUUCAACUCAGAUGCGCAAGGCUUUCCCGUCUUUUGGCGGAGUGGCGCUUUGGGACGCGUCACAAGCAUACGUCAACGAUCGAUAUGAUCUCGCGAUCAAAAAUUCGUUGACUGCCGCUGGCGGAACUGGAUUCUCGCUCCUUACUUGUUUUGCGCCUGCGGUUAGUGCCUGCUCGCAAGGGAACUCUGGUGGUAACUGUGCCGGAACUCCUGUUUGGAUGAGCUCUGUUGCGUACACUGGCGGGCAGCAGGUAUCUUACAGCGGCCAUCUGUAG